UUCAUUCGUUAUCAUUAUUUGUAUCUUCCAUUCCCUAUCUCAAAAGCAACUCUCAAUUUCCCUAUCCCACCUCACCUCUCUCACCCCACCAAAACAAAUUUUCCACCUAAAACAAGCAAAACAUAUCGAUAUAUUGAUUAACAUAUAUAUAUAUAUAUAUAUAUAUAUAAUAUGUGUGUGUGUCUCUGUUUGUAUAGAUAGAUAGUGGAUAUGGGUUUUUCCGGGAAACAAGAUGGAAGACGAUUAUAGAAUAAAAAAGUGAUCCUGCACAUAUUGGAUGUGGGUUUUUUCUGCGAACAAAAGUUGAAGAAGAAGAAGAAGAAGAAGAAAAAUGUCGAUUAGGAGUAUAAUACAAGACAUGAGGAUGUCAAGGUCGCAGAGGGUAGUGCAGGACGCAUCAUCAUCUGCGGCGGCCGGGGCGGCGGCGGUGGUGGAUGGGUUGAGCCAGAGUUGUUGGGCGAACAUGCCUCAGGAGCUACUUAGAGAGGUGCUUAUGAGAAUUGAAGCCUCGGAGACUUCCUGGCCGCCGAGAAAGAGCGUCGUCGCCUGCGCCGGAGUUUGCCGGAGCUGGAGACUGAUUACUAAGGAGAUCGUUAAGACUCCUGAACUCUCUGGAAGCUUGACCUUUCCCAUCUCAGUCAAACAGCCUGGCCCAAGGGAUUGCCUUCUCAAAUGCUUUAUAAAACGAAUCCGUUCUACCCAAACUUAUCUCCUUUUUCUCAGUUUGACUAAUGCGCUAGCUGACGAUGGAAAAUUCCUUCUUGCCGCGCGCAAGUGUAGGCGUGCCACUUGCACAGAUUAUGUCAUCUCGUUGCAUGGUGAUGACAUGUCAAAGGGAAGCAGCGCAUACAUUGGGAAACUAAGGUCAAAUUUUCUGGGGACGAAGUUCACAAUCUUUGAUGGACAGCCUCCUCAUGCAGGAGCUAAGAUUUCGAAGAGUCGCUCUACUAGGCUGGUGAAUUUGAAACAAGUGUCACCUCGAGUUCCUGCAGGCAACUACCCUGUGGCUCACAUAUCAUAUGAGUUAAAUGUGUUGGGUUCCAGGGGUCCAAGGAGAAUGCAGUGUAUCAUGAAUGCCAUUCCUUCCUCUGCAAUUGAGCCUGGUGGUGUCGCCCCCACGCAAAGGGAUUUUUCCGUUAGCAGUCCAGAUUCCUUUCCUUCACUCUCAUUUUUCCGUUCAAAAUCCAACCACGUAGAAAAUUCCGCAUCAGGGCCUAUGGCCAGUCAAAAAGAUGGAGUAAUGGUAUUAAAAAAUAAGUCUCCUAGGUGGCACGAGCAGCUCCAGUGUUGGUGCUUGAACUUUCAUGGGCGAGUAACAGUUGCUUCAGUGAAAAACUUUCAGUUGGUGGCCUCUCCAGAGAACGGAACUCCUGGGCCGGAACAUGAGAAGAUCAUCCUCCAGUUUGGAAAAGUUGAGAAAGACUUGUUUACCAUGGAUUACCGAUACCCAAUAUCAGCUUUUCAAGCAUUUGCUAUCUGCCUCAGCAGCUUUGACACCAAGAUAGCUUGUGAAUGAAACAUGCAAGAUCAGCAAAGAUUUGGUGGUCAUGAGAAAGAGGCUGUUAGCUUAUUUCUGGGCUGUACCUGGCCAAAUUAAACUUGAUGUUGUCUACAUUACAUGGGAAGAGUUGCAUGGAACGAAAGUGGAUUCGAGAAACUAGGGAACAUAAUCAUCUAUAUCAUCUGUUGUACAUUUUUAGCUUUUGUUUUUUUUGUACAUAGUAACUCUAUAUUUCAAUAUAAAGAAAUUUGGCUUUGCUUGUGA